AUGUCUGUCUUUACUUUCGACCCUCUAGGGUCCGAUCCAGCACGAGCGUCCUCUCCAUGGCUUAAACCAACCGAUCCUCACAAGAAGUCUAGUCUCCCUGCGGAUCAUCCGCCAACGCGGAAAGGAACCAUUGGGUCAGGCCUCUUAUCAGACUACGGCGUCACCAAACUGGAGCCAGAGCCGCAAGAAGGCCCAACCGAGUACAAACUGCACCUCCUGCUGAGGUCUCGGAGGAGAUAUGAGCAUAUCAGCACCGCAACACGAAUAUCUGGCUCCAUCAACCGCCCUUCAGUCGAAUCCAGAACUUCCAAGCCAGCACCACCCCUCCCAGGCUGUUCCACCACUGCACAAACUCGACAGGACCGCCUCGAGCACCUCACUACUCAGCUCCUAUGGAGGCUGCAACAGUCGUGUCCGUAUCACUCUGGAACUGCCACCACAGUCCCGGUGAUACCGCAGCUCCCUGACGAGAACUUCGUUCGGGACGCCCCGAUCAAGCUGGGAAAACUGUUGCCGGGCCUGGAAGCUUCGAGAGGAGCUCUGUACGAGAUCGGAGUUGCAGAUGACGGCACGCUUGCUGGUCUCACCAAGGAUGAGCUUGACGAAAGUCUCAACACACUUCGCAUCAUGGCUGCCAGCUUGGGAUGCAACAUGAAGGUGCUCCGCAAGGUUGCGGUUGGUGACUGCGAAUGGAUUGACUCAUCCGACUCUGAAGAAGGGUCGUGCUCAGGACCAAAAGGUCAACGGCGACAGGCCAGGUUGUGGGUGGCCGAGGCCCUGGUUACACCCAAUCUUCGACCUAGAGAUGCCAGUCAUACAGGUGCAGCACGGUCACCCGGGCUCCCUGACCCGACACACGGCCCGCUAUCUACGGACCAGCUGCGUGUAACACUUACAGGGCCGACGACCUCUGGAAAAUCAACACUUCUCGGCGCUCUCUCGACCGGGACGCUGGAUAAUGGGCGUGGGAAAGGUCGGCUUGGGUUGCUCAAGCACCUGCAUGAGGUGGCCUCAGGUAUCACGUCGUCUGUCACUCAGGAGCUUGUGGGAUAUGAUGGUGACAGGAUUGUCCACUAUGGCCAUCAAGAAGUUGAGUCCUGGAUUGACAUUCACAACUACACUAAAUCAGGGCGGCUUGUCUAUCUGGUGGACUCUGCAGGACACCCAAAAUACCGGCGUACUAUUCUUCGAGGCAUUGUAGGAUGGGCACCGCACUGGACUCUUCUCUGCAUAGCAGCCAACAGUUACGACAUCCCCACGCUUGUUGAGCCCGCAGCGGAUGCCUAUGGCCCCGAACAGAGCAUGGAAUUGGCAUCAGCCCACCUCGACCUCUGUCUACGGCUUCGGCUUCCCUUGGUUGUGGUUAUGACAAAACUGGAUUUGGCAAGCGUAACCAUCAAGAAAACUCUCAGCAGGAUCUUGUCAAGCAUCAAAAAGGCCGGCCGAGUCCCCAUGUUAGUCAAAAGUGGACCAGCAGGGCAUACCGGCCUCAGCAUUGUCUCGGAUCAAGACGCAGCUCUCAUCAAAGACGUUGCCGAAGCGCUUCGUACAAACGACGACCCAUCGGCCAUCGUCCCUAUCGUCCUCACCAGCGCAGUAGACGGCCGAGGAAUCGGCACACUCCACGCCUUACUCCGGAGCCUACCUGUCCCUCCUACCCCAACGUCACACGACUACAUCGGUGCAGCCUUGAACCCGGAACAGCCCGCCUGCCUGUUCCACGUCGAAGAUAAAUACAGCCUCCCCGCCUCCUGCGCUCUUGCCACCAGCGACGCGGAUCAGCAAACCGAUCUAGGAACGGUAGUCGCGGGGUAUCUAAGGUUUGGCAGCCUGUCGAUCGGGGAUAAGGUCGUGGUUGGCCCUUUUCCUUCCGAGGAUGCUGCCGGCUCACCACCGCGUGACCAGUCCCCGGCGGGAAGUUAUGGGCUUUCUUUGUCGCAUCCGUCGUCUAAUGAGCUGAGCCGGAUCGCUGCUAGGAAUGCGGUUUCUGCUUCGGCGAUUAAAGGGGAGUGGCACACUGCGAGUAUUGUGAGCAUUCAUAACUUGAGGCUGCCGGUGCAGACGCUUGAGGCGGGGCAGGUUGGGUCUAUUGGGAUUAUUUUUGAUCAGGUCAGGGGUGAGGAUGGGGGGGUUCCUAUGGGGACGCCGAGGUUGAGGAAGGGAAUGGUGUUGGCGGUGCCGAGCCAGCAUAUGGUUUCUUCUGGGCUGUCGCUUCAGGCUGUUAGUGGGUUGACGGCGGUGUUUGACGGUGAUAAUGCUUCUGUUAGUGAGCUGACGGUGGGGAGUUUGGUGAAUAUCUAUGUUGCUAGUGUGAGGACCGCGGCGAGGGUGUCGCGGGUGUCGAGAGUGCAAGCUCCAGGAAGGAGCGACGAGGGGAGGUCGCCAGCGGAUGAUAUGGAUGACGUAUUUGGCCUGGGGGGAGAUGACAACGCCGCUCAGAAAGGGCAGUCGGAGGUGGGGGUGGGGGUUGGGAAUGGGGAGGUGGAGGUUCAGCUGGAUUUGAUGAAUACACGGGAGUGGGUUGAGCUUGGGAGUAAGAUUUUGGUGCUGGAGGGGAGGAAUAGGGAUCGGUCGGGGCUGGAGGGGUUCGUAGGGAAGGUGGUUGAGAUUUCGGAGUGA